GGGCCCCUGUGGGGCCCUGAGGGCCCCCCAGUGGCUGCAGCAGCGGCUGCCGAGGGCUUUGCUGCAGCACUUGCUGCUGCAGCUGCAGCAGCAGCAGGAAGGCGACGCAGAGGAGCCUGCUGCGCUCGCAGCAGCAGGGGAGCACACCCAGCAGCAGCAGCAGCAGCAGCAGCAGCAACAGCAGCAGAGGCCAAGGGCUGGGAAGCCGCACAUAUACACUCCGCUAUCUCACAUACAGAAAAGUGAUGUAGUCGAUGUCUAUUGUGUGUACUGGGAAAUGAGGAGAGCCCCUCAAGAAACUGACACCGUGUGCUACAUGAACGUGAGGGUUGUCGACGAUUCUCUUCCUGUGCCUAUUGACCGCAACAAGGCAGCAGAGUUUAGCCUCCAGCUGCGUGGGACCGGAGGCGGCGCUUCGUUGCCUUUUAUGUUGGCUGGGAGUAUCUUGCGGCUGCACAGAGUGGUGCUGCACCUGAAGGAGGGCGGCGGGGGCCGCUUCUUCGGGGACUUAUUCCCCACUUGGUUAUCUGCAAUUAGGGUUUGGGGGCCCCUGGGGCCCCGGGCUUUGCAAAAAGAAGAGGGUUUAAACCCUCAUAAGAAAACCGAGGCUUUGCUGAACCGCAUGGAGGUCACAGGAGAUAGAAACAAAAGCAGUUCUUUUUGCGAAGUGGAUGUGGCCAUUAUUCAUUCUUUAAACCGCUUCAUUAACAACAUCUUCUGCAACGACACAGUUUUUACUUCGCGCUACACCGCCGACUUGAGGACUCUCUACAGAAGAGGGGAAGGAGCCUUUGGAGAUGUUGUUGUUAGG